AGCCACCACGACAACACAAAACCAACCUACACCAGACUACGCCACCAUGUCGCUCGAGAAUCUAUUGCCUCUGGAACUCAUCGACAAAUGCGUUGGUUCGCAGAUCUGGGUCAUUAUGAAUGGCGGAAAAGAAUUCACGGGUAAACUGGUUGGAUUUGACGACUACGUCAACAUGGUGCUGGAGAACGUGACUGAGAUCGACCCGGCCGAGGGAAAUGUGCAGCUACCCAAGAUCCUGCUCAACGGCAACAACAUCUGCAUGAUGGUUCCCGGAGGAGAUGGCCAAACAGUGCUAGAGGAGGAGUAAUGGCACAGGCAACAGCAGCAUGGACAAGCGCCGCAGAAUGCGAUGAUGGCCGGGUUUGGGGCUCACAUGAUGGCAAACGGCUUC